GUCGCACGUCGCUCGUCCGUUUGAUUGCCUGCCGAUGCAACACCUGCAGCGACCCCACACAAGCUUCCUGAUCCCUGCCUGCUCUGAUCGACAGCUGUGCCGUCCGACUGUACAAGCUGUCACUGUUCCUUCGGAAUGCGGCUCCUCUCUUCUCUGGCGGCGCUCGCUCAAACUUCCGGCAUCAUCGCAGCCGCCCUUGCAGGCUCGUCUUACCAACAGCGAGACAGACUGAUCAAGCGAACACCAGCGCAGACUCACUACGGAGCCUACAACUGGUGCAGCGUUCGCCUUCAAUGGCACGAGAAGAGCGACAGCCUCGCCUUCCAGUUCGGACUGAUUUACGAUGUCCAGCUGCAGCGCUACACCCAGGUGAAUGGCGAGUUCGAGCACACAGACGUCUUCUUCGGUCAUGGAGAGGCUCAAUUUCGUUUCGUCAGCCCGAUCGGCCAGGAGCCUUUAUAUGAUAUCAGCUUUCAGGUCAGAUGGACACCGGAUGGUAACAUCUUCAGCUUCUGCGAUACAAGUGCCCGCAUUGACGGCAAAGAAACUCUCAUCUUCUUUCAUCCAAGCCUUUACGAAAUGACAUGCUCGUCAGUCGAAGGGCAAAGAGUUCCAAUUCCGAAGGGCCCGUGAUUCAAUGUCAGACUGAGAUGCAU